AUGGGACGUGACAACGACUUUACCGGCAAGACCAUAGCCAUUAGUGGAGGAGCUUCCGGCAUCGGCCUGGCUACAGCCCAGACCAUCUACUCGAGGGGCGGCUCAAUUUCGAUUGCAGAUGUUGACCAAAAUGCUCUCGACGAAGCUGCAGCGAGUUUCCAAGACCGGGAGAGGGUGAUGCUGACCAAAGUGGACGUCUCCAACCGCAAAGAAGUUGACCAGUGGAUUGCCACAACCAUUGAACGCUUUGGGAGUCUAGAUGGAGCAGCCAACUGUGCGGGAAUAAUCGGCAAGCACCAUGGGACUCGCACGGUCGAGCAGCAGGAUGACGACCAGUGGGAUAUGAUCAUGCGUGUCAACCUGACGGGAAUGAUGUACGUGCUGAGGGCGGAGCUCCAAGCGAUGAAAGGGCCGGGCGGCAUCGUCUGUGUCAGCUCCAUCCAGGGCACGAUGGGGUUUGCAAAGCACGCUGCGUACACAGCCUCGAAGCAUGGCAUGUUGGGCUUGGUGAGAAGCGCUGCAAAGGAAGUGGGAGAACGAAACAUCCGAGUCAAUUCAGUCGCACCUGGGAGUAUAGCGACCCCUUUGAUGGACAAGCGUAAUGCGCUGGAAGGUGUGGUACCGCACGACUACCACCCAACGCCAAUCAGCCGGCUUGGGAAGCCCGACGAAGUAGGCAACCUCAUCGCCUUUUUGCUCAGUGACGAAUCAGCUUUCAUAUCAGGCGCUACAUAUGCCAUCGAUGGAGCUUGGGCAUGCUAG